GAUUCAUGUUUGAAAAAGGUCAUACCUACUGGUGGAAGAAUUUGUGAUUUUAUAAUCUCAUUUGAAAUAGAUUAUGUGAAACAAUUACCAUUAGAGUAGGUACUAUAUAAUAUGUACGAGUUUUUAAACCAACCCAGUACAAAAGAACCAGUACACGACCAUCAAUAUUGGAGUAUUAUACUCUGCAAAGUCUUACCAACAUGAUUUUACUUUGUAUUGCAUUAUCGAUUGCGAUACAUGGACAAAAUGUUAAAUCGGAGUCCUAUAGUCAACCUGAAUAUUUUUCCAAAAUAGGACAAGGCGCUGAGAAGAACUAUUUAUUAGAUGAUCAUGCACCAGUACGUACCUACUACAUUGCUGCAGUAGAAAAAGAAUGGGAUUAUGCUCCUUUAGAAGAAAAUACAUUCAAUAACGAUAUGAGCACUGCGAAGAAGUUUAUAUACAAUGGAGACAGACAGAUUGGUAGCAAGUAUACAAAAGCUAUUUACACACAAUUUACAGAUGGAACAUACACAAAGGAAAUACCUGCCCCGAAAUGUAAUGGUUUUCUUGGACCCACACUGAAAGGAACAGUUGGUGAAAAAAUACGUAUUCACUUCAAAAACAUGGCGAGCAGACCAUACACUAUGCAUCCUGAGACUUACGUUUGGUACAAUGACGAUAGUGAAGGUGCUAGGUAUGACGAUAAUACACCUGACAGUCAAAAAUUUGAUGACCAAGUACAACCGGGAGAAUCGUGGACAUACAAUUGGGAACUAAGAGCGAAUUUUGGGCCGACCGAUGAUGAUGAAAAUUGUAUUGGUGUUCCUUAUUCGUCGCAUCAUAAACCACCAAAAGAUAGGGAUACUGGUUUAGUAGGAAUGAUGGUGGUUUGUAAACCAGGGAUUUUACGGGAUGACGACAGUCGCGUUGAUGUUGAUAGGGAGUAUGUUUUGUUCAUGGGUGCUGUUAACGAAAGCUUUAGCUGGUCAAUAGAUGAAAAUGUUCACCGCUGUGGAAAUCCUGCUGAAUGUAAAUCUUUACUAAAGAGUGGGAAUAAAGACUUUAUUGAUUCCACUAUAUACCAACAGAUUAACGGUUAUAUUUAUGGAAAUGGUCCGGAUUUUGAAGUUUGUUCUGGUGAGAAGGUAGUCUUUUAUGCUUUCGGAAUAAACUCUGGAAUACAAACAGUUACAAUUUAUGGAGGGAUACAAUCAUGGGUGAACAGAAGAUUCGAAGGAAUUAGUAUACAAUCUGGAAUAGCUAAAGUAAUCAGUGUUAAUCCAGAAGGUACUGGACGUUGGCUGAUGGGAAAUACCAAUCUGGACAGCUUUGAAAAUGGUAUGUUUGCAUUCGUGAAAGUCAACCAAUGCCCAGGGAUCAAACCGCUUACAACAAUACCUUCCGGUAAAACUGUUCGGUUUUAUAUAGCAGCUGAAGACAUUGAUACUUGCUCCACACCAAAUGGUAUAUUAGCUAGAGCAGGUCAGCUAACGAAAGAAAGGGCAGAACGAGAACAAGAAUUUAUUGGUGCAGGAAAAAUACACCACGGCCGAUUUACACAGUAUACUGAUGAAACAUUUACAACUCCUGUCCCAAGAACUGCAGACACAAAACAUUUUGGCGACUUUGGACCACACGUGUAUGCGGAAGUUGGUGACAUCUUAGAAGUGGUUUUGAAAAAUAAACUAAAGAAUCGAAAAGCAUCUUUUGUUCCUGUAGGUAUUGAUAUCGAAAAGAAAUAUGAAGGGAUUUUAUAUAGAAACGAUAGAAAAAGUAAGUUAUUAAUUUUUAAGUCUUUAUUGAUGUGGUUAUAA